CGCGCUGUUGCGCCUGGAAUUUAAACGGGGACGACGACGAGGACGACGACGACGAGGACGACGACGACGAGGACGAGGAGGAGGAGAGGGCGUGCGAGGGCGGCGAGAGGCUGCAGCCGCCGCAAGUCUUACUCAGCCUGUCUCUGCUGAGAUGCCAGAUAAAACACCAGGUGGUGCAGAACCUGUCCUCAGGAGUGAAGAUGGCUUCCAUUUGCCCCUUGAUGUUUUACCGGCUGUGACAGAGGCCCUUGACUCCAAGACAAAAGGGGAAGAUUUGCACAAGGAGAACAGACCUUUCCGCUACUGUGAAAGAAAAACCAUGGAACUGUCAGAUAGCGACCGGCCCGUCAGCUUUAGCUCCACUUCCUCCUCUGCUUCCUCCAGGGACAGCCACUGUUCUUUCGGAAGCAGAAUGACCUUAGUUUCAAACAGCCAUUUGGGCUUGUUUAACCAGGAUAAAGAAACGGGUGCCAUCAAGCUAGAACUAGUCCCAGCCAGACGAUUUUCCAGCAACAAGCCACGCAAGAACACCCCUGCAGAGCAACAGCAGACUGAGGAAAGCCUGGAAAAAAGGCUAAGUAUGCCAAGGAAAGCAGAACCAAAAGGAGCUGGCAAAAACUGUGCAGUGUCCCUGGCCACAGAGCCUACCAGUCCCAAGCUCCUCUACGUAGACAGAGUUGUUCAAGAGAUUUUGGAGACAGAGAGGAUGUACGUGCAGGAUCUUGAAAGUAUCGUGAAGGAUUACCUUGAUUGCAUCAGUGACCAGUCCAAGCUCUCCCUGGGGCCAGAAGAGCGAUCAGCCCUGUUUGGAAACAUUCGGGACAUCUACUGUUUCAACAGUGAACUUCUGCAAGACUUGGAAAACUGUGAAAAUGACCCUGUGGCUAUUGCAGACUGUUUUGUUUCCAAGAGUGAAGAUUUCCACAUAUAUACACAAUACUGCACCAACUACCCAAGGUCGGUAGCUGUGUUAACAGAAUGCAUGAGGAACAAGACACUGGCCAAGUUCUUUAGAGAACGUCAAGAAGCUCUAAAACACUCUUUGCCCCUGGGCUCCUAUCUCUUAAAACCUGUCCAGCGAAUCCUCAAGUACCACCUACUUUUGCACGAAAUAGAAAACCACCUUGACAAGGACACUGAGGGCUAUGAUGUGGUGCUAGAUGCCAUAGAUACAAUGCAGAGAGUGGCAUGGCAUAUAAAUGACAUGAAGAGGAAACAUGAGCAUGCCAUCAGGCUUCAAGAGAUACAAAGUUUACUCACUAACUGGAAAGGACCAGACCUCACGAGUUACGGGGAGCUGGUGCUGGAAGGAACGUUCCGCAUUCAGCGAGCCAAAAACGAGCGCACGUUGUUCCUUUUUGACAAGCUGCUGCUUAUUACAAAAAAGAGAGAUGAAAUGUUUACAUACAAAGCUCACAUAUUGUGUGGGAAUCUUAUGCUUGUUGAAGUAAUACCAAAGGAACCACUUAGCUUUAGCGUCUUCCACUACAAAAAUCCCAAGAUGCAGCAUACUGUCCAGGCGAAGUCACAGCAAGAAAAACGCCUUUGGAUUCUUCACUUGAAGAGAUUAAUUCUAGAAAAUCAUCCUGCUAAAAUUCCUGCCAAGGCCAAACAGGCAAUUUUAGAAAUGGAUGCCAUACAUCAUCCAGGCUUCCAUUAUAGCCCUAAGGGAGAAAUGAAAUCAUCGCACCAUCCUAAAGAAGGCACUACUCCACACCGAGUGAGAAGGAAAUCAGAACCUUCAUCUAGAGUCCAUAAAGUUUUGAAGUCAAAUGAUAUAAAUCCAGAUAUGCAGAAGCGGAUCAGUAUCGAAGGAGCCCUGUUAUCUCAAACCACCAAACUGGGAUCAAAAGAAGCCCUGCUGAAUUCAAGGAAGAAGGGUUCGUUGGAACCCAGCGGGCUAGAGAGCCAGUUUCAAGAGUCCACUGAGCCAGCCUACAUCAGUGAUCAGGAUGAAAAUCUCCACACUUCUGCUACAGAACAGAUUGAUGCUGAUGAUGAAGAAGAGUCUGAACAGGGAGCACAACAAAACUCAUUACAGAAAGCAAAAGGAGGAAGGAAAAGACUUAAUAGUCAAGCUGCUGAAAAUGUUGAAAAACGGAGAAGUGUUAAUCUCAACAAAUGUGAAAUGCAGAGCUCCAAAGAUCCUUCAGAUGAAGAGUCGACCCAACUGAAUACUGAUCUUCCAUAUUCCUGCUCAGCUAGACAGUCACCUAGACAAUUUAGCAUCCCCCAGGACAACUCAUUAAUCAUGAAUAUCCUGGGGGGUACUACCUCUGUCAGAAACAUCUGGACUGACCAUCAGAUCAGGCAGGCAUUGUUUCCCAGCAGGCGACCACCUUAUGAGAACGAAGAUGAUGAAGACGAUUACCAGAUGUUUGUACCAUCAGUGUCUACGUCCAACUCCAGUUCAGCUGUUGGCGGAGGAAGGAGGCGUCCUUCUGGUCGACCAUGCAGCUGGCAUUUGGGGGUAGGGCAUCAAAAUGAGGCUUCCAGCUCCAACCGUCAUAAAGUUGUUAGACGGGCCAGUAGUGCUGGUGAAAGCAACACAUGUCCAAACAGUGCAAGGUAUAAAAUUGGUGACCUUGGCCAGCGCAAUUCUCGAAGGGAAGUGAAAAGAACAGAGGUGAGCAGUAUGAAUGCUUAUCCCGAAUCUUCAGAAGAGCUGACCGUUGAUGAUAUUGAACAUGUUUAUGACAAUAUAAGCUACGAAGACUUAAAGCUGAUGGGCCUGACAAGAAGGGAGGAAACUGGCCAUGGCCCCCAGAGGUCUGCUAGAGACUCUCUCUAUGAGGCCGGAAACAAACACAGCUCAGAUUCACCCUCCAAAAAGAGGACAGUGAAUCAAAACAGGGCCUCCAUUCGUGCUAGUAGAGAUGAGACCCUACUCAGUAGAGAAGCACCUGCUUCAAGUUUGGAUGAGCUCAGGAUUGUUGAAGAUAAUAUCUAUGACACCAUAGUGCUUCCAGAAACACCGCUAUUGAAUUUUAAGUGUAAACCUCUAAAAUGCUCUAAAAGGAGAGGUUUUCUGGGCCUGGAAACAGACUUUGCAUGCUGUGACAAUUUACGGCAGUUUGUUUCUGAAGAGAGUCUCCAGUUCAGUGAAGAUGAAGGUCCUUAUCAUCAUGUUCCUCUCGACAAUGACUAUUUGAGCUUAGUGGAUAGCUCCUCCAACUCUGACUCACUCUCCCAUAAGUCUGCAGCAGAUAAACUCUCGGAGGAAGUAGAUGAGAUUUGGAAUGACCUGGAGAACUACAUCAAGAAGAAUGAAGAAAAGACAAGGGACCGUCUCCUUGCAGCCUUUCCUGUUUGUAAAGAUGAUAUGCAGGAAAGGCUGCAUGCUGGCAGUACACCUGAGCUGAGUAAAGAUGUAGAAUACUCACUGUCUACUCUCUCUCUGCCAGAAACUCCUAUUUUCCCUAAAACUUUGAAGCCCAGAGCCGCCACCUUCAGUGAGGCUAAUCUCAGGCUUGAAGACUCUGCACCAUACAAGGACAGCUCUUUUAGGAGUCUGAACAGAUCUUCCUUCUCCAGUGAGACGCCUUUUGUAGACAGCCCAUACAAGUCUGCCAAUAGCAUUCUCUCCAAUGCGCAUACAGAGGUCAUGGAAAAUGACUUGGAUAUUGUGGAUAAAACAAAGAACAGAGUUUUCAUGAUGGCAAGGCAAUACAGUCAGAAGAUUAAGAAGGCUAACCAGCUUUUGAAAGUUAAAAGUCCAGAGCAGGAACAGCCAGCUAGCCGACAACAGAAACUGAAACACAAAGAUCUCGCUGCCAUACUGGAAGAAAAGAAACAAGGUGGUCCGGCUAUUGGUGCCAGAAUUGCUGAAUAUUCGCAGCUGUAUGACCAGAUUGUCUUUAGGGAAAGUCCACCUAAGAUCCAAAAGGAAACCUGGUCUACUCCUCAGGAGCUGCCCACUUCAAGGUAUUCCACACCUGUGGCUGCACCUACUUCCCGUUCUCAGUUAGCCAGUGAAUGCUCAAGAGCAGAAAAUUGGCUUUUGCAUUCUACGUACAGUAACGGAGAGCUGGCUGACUUUUCUCCGUGGCCUGAAUCCCAAGACCCGAAGGCCAAGAGCUCAUAUACAGAAACUGGUACAAAAAGCAAUUCAAGGCAGUUGCCAUCAGCUUGCUCAGUGCCAUCCCUUCAGAUUUCUAACCGUUCGCAUGUCCCAGUGCAGAGGUGGAGUGCCAUUAUAAGCCAACCUAACAAAGAAAAUUUGCAUCAAGAUCACAUCUAUAACUCCCUUGGGAGAAGAGCAAGCAAUAUAAAACCACAGGCGUACAGCAGGUCGCAGUCAUCGUCCUCAAUUGUGGUCAAUAGAUCUGGAGAAUCAAUCAUUUAUCCUAAUGAAAUGGACAAGAAAAAGCUUCAUUCGAAUAGGAACUUCCGAUUUGAUAGCCAUGAAGCACUAGAUACUGCUUCGGGAUGUACAGGGCCUGACACGAGAAAGCAGAUCCCUGAGAACUAUUCAGAUAUGAUUCUGCAGGAUUCUCAAAAAGUUCUGAGAGUAAACAGGACCUCCCCUCUGACUGCACAGGUGGCCACUCAGAACUAUUUUUCUAAUUUCAAAGAUACUGAGGAAGAAGGGGAUGAUGAUGACUAUGUUGAAAUCAAGUCUGAAGAUGAGGGAUCUGACUUGGAGACUUCCCAGAACCAAACAAGGAAAUCAGAUCCUAAAUUAAGUAACAGAGACACUGCUCCUUCUGAAACUCUCUGUAGCAAAACUGUGUCUUGUACUCCAGCGAAGUCGGCGAACAGCAAACAUGCACUUACGCCCUAUCUGGCUGCAUAUAGUGAUUCAGAUAAACUGAAUGACUACCUGUGGAGAGUACCAUCUCCUAAUCAGCAGAAUAUUGUCCAGUCUUUAAGGGAAAAGUUUCAGUGUUUGAGUUCAAGUAGCUUUGCAUGAUGCUUUCAGUAAUUUCUAGUUGUGCUGCCUUAACAUGACAAAGUAUAUACUAGUACAAUCAGUGCUGGCAUCAUGUAUUUCAAAAAUAUUACACAAUCAGGCAUUGUAUCACAGUAAUAUUGUAAAUAGAUAUGAAAUGUAUCUUUUUUAUGGUUUAGAAUCCUGAAUGUUGAAAAGGUGGUGUGUGCACUGUCCAGUGUCUCUAUAACGCCGGUGGACUUCUUAUCUCAUAUUUAACCUUUACACUUUUUCCCUCUCUUCUCCACAGCUCAGUUUCUUGUUAGGUGUGAUACUGCAUUUGAUGCUUAAAUUGUGCUACCAUGUGGAAACCUUAGUAUUUGGACUUAAAAGAGUUGGUGACCAGCUGUGUGCCCAAAAUACCCAUGUGAUUACUCUGGUUACAUAGGAGAGCAUUUAAUUGAGCGGCUACUCCUAAGACUGUGGGUUUCUGAGCACAAUUCUAGUAAUCACACCAACAUGCUAAGUGUGCAAUCACACAUACUUUUUGCACAUUACUUUUUGGUAAACAGAUUCCAAGUCUAUGGGACCAAUGCAUAUGAUACCAAAUAUGCUGCAUUACUUUAGGCUUCUUAUGUUUUAAACAAAAUCUAGGCCUAGUGCUUGUGAAUGGUGCCAGGCCGAUAGCUCCGGCUCUGAAGCCUCUUUUAGUUUAUAUAACUGCAUAACAGACAGAGGACAGGCCGUGGCAGCUUUUUCUAUGUGAAUUUGUCAAUGUGAUACAAUCCUUGUCUGGAGGAUGUUUCAGGGGAGUAGCAGGGGAACCCUGCUGCUUGUGACGAUGGCAAAAGACCGAGUGCUAGUUUGGCACCUCCUGUGACUGUGGUGUUUGUGACGCGCAGAAAAACUUGUGUAUCUUUAACUCAGAGCCCAGCAAUGGAAAACGUGCUGUGUGGAUUUGCCAAGUAAUUGUAAUUUGUAUGCAGUGGCCUGUUGGGUAUUUGUUCAAGUCCCAGAGUCAGUAGUGCUAUGAGGGAGAGAGUGGGACUUGGCCAGAUACUUGGGUGAAACAUUAAUCAUGCUGCAUGUUUGGCCAGUAGGGUGUUUCAGUGAUGAUACAUGUGGAGUUACAAGCUGCCUUCCUGAGAGAAUGCGUCUCCCAUAAUAGGAAGUGAUCCUUCCUGGCAUAGAAAAGUAAAAUUUGCAUUUUCUAAACCAGCCUGGGCUGAAUCUUAUCCUAUCUAUGUACAGUAAAAGUAGCUGAAGAUCAGAAUACAUUCCAUUAUUUUGCAAAUGGUAUGUACGGUAAAUGCUCCCAUUUACAACAAGAAUAGACUUUACAGUAUGAAACAUUUACUUUUAUUGUCUUUGUUGCACAGCUUUGGAUUUUGUUACUUGAAAACAUUGUACCUAAAGGAAAGCCUAAAUAUGUCUACUGCUUAGCCACUGAUGAUCUUGUGUGACUGGCUUUUUUGGUGCUUAAAUCCUUCCAAUUAGGCAUAUAAAGCCAGUACUGAGUUAAACAUAUCACUAAAUACAGGAGUUUAAGUGAAGUACUAUUUUUAGUAAUAAUGUAUUAUUUCCCUAAGAUUACAGAGCAUUGUACUUCCAGAACUGCCAACUAUUUACAACAUCAGUUAUCAUGAGGAAAACCCGAAGUUAUCAAUGUACAGUCAAUUACUUGUUUAGAUGAAGAUUUAAGGACAUGAAUUGGUUAGAAUGUGAUAAAUUAUCUACUUCACCUAUCUUGCAUUGGCUAGGAAUUUUUAUUUUGAGGGUUGGUUUGUCAUUGUACUUACUAGCUCGUACAGUCUAACCAUGAUACUUGUUACAGUCAGCACAUCCACUGUAAUAGGACCCGCAUCUAGUCAAAUACAACUGAGAAAUAAUGCUGUACGUAUUUACGACACCGAGAGUUAGCAGAGCCUGUAUUUAUUUAAUAGAGCUUGUAAAGUAUUGUAAAUAGGGAUAGAUCUGUGCCUGACCCGCGCACACCUAGGCCUGGUGGGAGAAUCUCAUUGAACUCGCAUCUCAGCGCUGUCAGCGUUGAGAGAAAGGGGGGGGGGGGGGGGGGAGAGGGAGUCCUAGUAGCGUGUAACUUCUCCCAGGGGGACCAUUUCAUACUAUUUUUAAUAAAUUUUGAGAACGCA